CGGCACCAGGAGUACCUGAAGAUCCUCAGCGAGAGAGAGGAAGCACUCGAGGAAGCUGAUGAACUGGAGCACUUGGUAACAUCACAGACAGAGUCUGUGAACAUCGACCACCCAAACCACAUUGUAACAGUGACUACCAUCAGUGACCUGGACCUCUCGGGCGCACGCCAGCUUGGACUGACAACCCCUGUGGGAAAAAGUGAUGGGUCAGAAGAAGAGAAAGAGAAAGGGGAAGAGGUGGUGAACAAGCCUGGAAUAACAAUGCCCAAGAAGUCCAGAAACCCCUUCUUGUCUGAAAAAAUCUCCUCCCUUACUGCCACACUGCACAUGCACAGCAAGAAAAAGACAAAAGGAAAGAGGUCCCAACGUGGCCAUGGCCCACGCAAGAAAAUCCGGAAGUCCAGCACGGGGCGAACCACCAAGACUCAGCGCCGGAGGCUGACGGGCAAAAUGGGCCGUGACCAAGACUAA